AUGGAGAACAGAGUUGGUGGAGUACCAGAACAUCCGGAACAUGCAAAUUUACAGGAACCACAGUUGACAGAACAUUCUGAAGUACAAAUACCAGCAAUGAAAUUAAGAGAACUACAAAAAGGAGCAUCCGUACAAUUUGAAGCAACAAAUAUACAGGUUCCACAACGACCAGUGCAAACAGAACCACAUUCAGGAUAUUGUUUAAUAAUAGGAGAGGCUAAGAUCACAGAGCAGAUGAUUAAAAAGACUCCAAAGGUUAAAAAUUUAAAUUCCAUCUUAAUUGUAGUGAAAAACAAACGUUUUGCAGAUAAUGAAAAUGGAUUUAGAAAAUCAAUAUUUAAUUUAAUUGACAAUUUGUGA